AUGGGCUGCAAGGGGAGCAAAAUGGGCUGCUGUGACGCCCGAAGAAAGAAACCACUCAAAGCUCAGCAUGAAAGGGGCAAGGAUUCCUGUGAACUGACAACCUUGAAGUUCUCUAAUGCCAAUGCAGCCCAUGUGCAUGAGGAAGCAGAGAAAGAGAAAGCAGAGCUCCUGGAGAAGCAGAGAAAUGAGAUCACGAGUCUCCAGCAGCAACACUGGAAGGAGAAAGAAUCUCUGAAGGAUGCUCACCAAGCUGAGACUGAAAGACUUAGCCUAGAAGUUAAAACCCAGGUGGAAAAGGAGAAAGAUUUAGAAUGUAGACAGCACAUAUCUGAGCAAUGUGAAUUGCUGAAGAGAGAGCAGGAAGAGAGACUGCAAGAGCUCCAGAAGGCACAUGACCAAGAGAAGCUUCUCCUGAGAGAAUCCCAUGAACGGUCCCAGUCAUCUUUACAGGAGGUGAUUGACAGAUUGAGUUCCCAGAUUGCAUCCUUCCAAGAGAAAAUGAAACGGGUAGAGGAGUCAAUCCUGAGCAGAGACUUUAAGAAACACAUCCAGGAUUAUGGGAGCCCCAGCCAGUUCUGGGAACAGGAACUAGAGAGUCUGCAUUUUGUCAUUGAGAUGAAGAACGAACGCAUCCACAACUUGGACAAAAAGCUGCUGAGCCUGGAGACAGUGAUGGAGAGAAACUUGUUGCUUGAAGAGAAAGUUAAAACUCUUCAGCAGGAGAAUGAAGAUCUCCAGGUACGGCUGCAGAACCACUUGGCGGUGGCAAGGCAGCUUUCUGAUGAGCUCAUCACUAUUCGCCAGGCCAUGGAGAAGGAGUCUCAGCUGAGAGAACAAGCCCACCGGGAAAAGGAAGAGUUGCUGUACAGAAUGCUUAGUGGCGAUCCUUCCCACCCCUUCCCCAUUUCCACUGAGGCACCACUCAUUGCGACAUAACACUUUGAAAAGCAGAAAGAACUGCUGGGAGUCGUGGGGUAGUGGAAGAGGAUAAAAACAAGAGUCUUCCAUCCUUUUAUUCUAGUUCUGAACUGGACCUGGAGUUAUGAGACUCUGGCAGGAGAAGGGAUCCAGAGGUUCCACAUGCUCUGUUCACUUCACUAUUUUGACACUUGAGGAGGGUA